AUGGUAAUCGAGUUCCAGGCCAUUGUGUGUUAUGGUAGUUUGUCAGACCAUAUUGAUUUUGUUGAUCGUCAGGUUGUGGUAAUGACUCAUGCAUAUGGAAAUCGUUCUGGGAUGAGAUAUAUGACAGGGAGCCUGAAAGUCUACUAUGUACCAUGGAAACCAUUCCUCAUGCAGAACACACUGCCAACAUUUUAUGGGACAUUUCCAAUCAUAAGAACAAUCCUCAUUCGUGAAAAGAUAACAUUGGUGCAUGGACAUCAAGCUUUCUCAACUCUUUGUCAUGAAGCUUUGAUGCAUGCUCGCACUAUGGGGUACAAAGUUGUGUUUACUGAUCAUUCACUUUAUGGUUUUGCUGAUAUGGGUAGCAUUCAUAUGAACAAAGUAUUGCAAUUUACUCUAGCUGAUGUGAGUCAAGCCAUUUGUGUCUCUCAUACAAGUAAAGAGAAUACAGUUCUUAGGUCAGGGCUGCCACCAGAGAAGGUUUUUGUAAUACCAAAUGCUGUGGACACAGCUAUGUUCAAGCCUGCUCCAGAAAGACUUGGUACUGAUGAAAUUGUUAUAGUUGUGAUAAGUAGAUUGGUUUAUCGGAAAGGUGCAGAUCUGCUUGUUGAAGUAAUCCCUGAAGUAUGCCAUUUAUAUCCCAAUUCUGUGCCUGGAGAACAAUUAUUCUUUGCUGGUCUAUCAAAGAGUGGGAAAACAGAUGAAAGUUCAUGA